CGUCCAUUUCUGUAACAAACAGGUUUACACAAGUUACAACACCAAUAGUCCAGAGUUCCCCCACUGGUAAAAGCAUUUUCACAACUCCAACAGUAAUUUCUACUGGUGCGCCUUUCCAGUUGUUUUCAACUGGCAUGACUGCACCACUGACUAAAACACCAACAAUCCAGAAUUCCUCCAAUACUACAAGCAUGACAACACAAUCCUUAUCUACAACAGCUACAAGGAUGUCAUCAACAAGCAUGCGUACAACACCAACUACAACAUCAACAGUGCAUAGUUCCCCCACCGUUACAAGCAUAUCCACAAAUACGUCAACAACAAUUUCUGCUGGUACACCUUCACCAACUUUUUCAACCAAUAUGCCUGCACAACCAACAAUCACACCAUUAAGCCUCAUUUCCUCCACAAGUAAAAUCAUGUCAACAAGUACAGCCACAACUUCAACAAUAUAUUCUGCUAGACCUUCAAUAUCUUCAACAAGCAGGUUUACAAAACAAGUUACUUCAACAACAGUCCAGAGUUCCCCCACUGGUAAAAGUAUACCCACAACUCCAACAACAAUGUCUACACAUUCUCCAACAUUUUCAACGGGCAGGACUACACCACUGACUGAAAAAUCUUCCUUCCAGAAUUCCUCUAAUAUUACAAAUAUGUCUUCAACUCCAACAUUACAAACAUCUACAACUCCAUCAAUGACUGCUCCAACAUCCACAACAAUGAAAACAAGCAUCCUUACUCUUAAUCCUGGAUGUAAUUGUCAUUGGUCAGAUUGGAACGACUUUGGUGGCCCAACAACAGGUCUUGAUGGUGGUGAAAUAGUAUCUAUUGAAAGAAUAUAUGACACCUCUGCUACCAUCUGCUCAGCACUGAAGGAAGUACAAUGCCGUGCAAAACGUUAUCCUGGAGUUCCUCUUUCACAGCUUGGACAGGUUGUGAAAUGCAAUACGAACGAUGGACUAGUUUGCUUGAACAAACACCAAGGCCUUGUACAGCAAUGUUAUGACUAUGAGAUUAGAGCAUUGUGUUGUGAUGAAAACUGUGGCAACAUCACAACAAAUUCCUUAACUACAGCUGCUACAACAAUAUCAUCAACAAGCAUACAUAUACCACCAAGUACGACAUCAACAGGCCAAAGUUCCUCCACCGUUAUAGGCAUAUUUACAGAUCCAUCAACAACAAUUUCUACUGCUACACCUUCACCAACCUUUUCAACUAGCAUGCCUACACCACCAACUAAGACACCAACAAAUCUUAUUUCCUCAAAAAGUACAAGCAAAUCAACAACUUCUGUAACAACGUCAACAAUGUUUUCUUCAAUACCUUCAGUGUCUUCCACAAGCAGGUUGACACAACAAUUUACCACACCAAAAGUCCAGAGUUCCCCUACUGGUAAAACCAUAUCCACAACUCCAAUAAAAAUCUCUACAGGUACACCUUCGACAUUGUUUUCACCUGGUGUAACUACUACACCACCGACAACAACAUCAACAAGCUUUAUUUCUUACACAAGUAAAAGCAUAUCAACUACCUCAACAAAGUUUUCUCCUACACCGUCCAUUUCUGUAUCAAACAGGUUUACACAAGUUACAACAUCAACAGUCCAGAGUUCCCCCACUGGUAAAAGCAUUUUCACAACUCCAAAAGUAAUUUCUACUGGUGCGCCUUUCCAAUUGUUUUCAACUGGCAUGACUGCACCACUGACUAAAACACCAACAAUCCAGAAUUCCUCCAAUACUACAAGCAUGACAACACAAUCCGUAUCUACAACAGCUACAAGGAUGUCAUCCACAAGCAUGCGUACAACACCAACUACAACAUCAACAGUGCAUAGUUCCCCCACCGUUACAAGCAUAUCCACAAAUACGUCAACAACAAUUUCUGCUGGUACACCUUCACCAACUUUUUCAACCAAUAUGCCUGCACAACCAACAAUGACACCAUUAAGCCUCAUUUCCUCCACAAGUAAAAUCAUGUCAACAAGUACAGCCACAACUUCAACAAUAUAUUCUGCUAGACCUUCAAAAUCUUCAACAAGCAGGUUUACAAAACAAGUUACAUCAACAACAGUCCAGAGUUCCCCCACUGGUAAAAGUAUACCCACAACUCCAACAACAAUGUCUACACAUUCUCCAACAUUUUCAACGGGCAGGACUACACCACUGACUGAAAAAUCUUCCUUCCAGAAUUCCUCUAAUAUUACAAAUAUGUCUUCAACUCCAACAUUACAAACAUCUACAACUCCAUCAAUGACUGCUCCAACAUCCACAACAAUGAAAACAAGCAUCCUUACUCUUAAUCCUGGAUGUAAUUGUCAUUGGUCAGAUUGGAACGACUUUGGUGGCCCAACAACAGGUCUUGAUGGUGGUGAAAUAGUAUCUAUUGAAAGAAUAUAUGACACCUCUGCUACCAUCUGCUCAGCACUGAAGGAAGUACAAUGCCGUGCAAAACGUUAUCCUGGAGUUCCUCUUUCACAGCUUGGACAGGUUGUGAAAUGCAAUACGAACGAUGGACUAGUUUGCUUGAACAAACACCAAGGCCUUGUACAGCAAUGUUAUGACUAUGAGAUUAGAGCAUUGUGUUGUGAUGAAAACUGUGGCAACAUCACAACAAAUUCCUUAACUACAGCUGCUACAACAAUAUCAUCAACAAGCAUAAAUAUACCACCAAGUACGAUAUCAACAGGCCAAAGUUCCUUCACCGUUAUAGGCAUAUUUACAGAUCCAUCAACAACAAUUUCUACUGCUACACCUUCACCAACCUUUUCAACUAGCAUGCCUACACCACCAACUAAGACACCAACAAAUCUUAUUUCCUCAAAAAAAUUCCUCCAAUACUACAAGCAUGACAACACAAUCCGUAUCUACAACAGCUACAAGGAUGUCAUCAACAAGCAUGCGUACAACACCAACUACAACAUCAACAGUGCAUUGUUCCCCCACCAUUACAAGCAUAUUCACAAAUACGUCAACAACAAUUUCUGCUGGUACACCUUCACCAACUUUUUCAACCAAUAUGCCUGCACAACCAACAAUGACACCAUUAAGCCUCAUUUCCACGACAAGUACACCUUUAUCCUCUUUUUCAUCUGGCAUAACUACUACGCCAUUGAUUACAACAUCAACAAGCCUUAUUUCCUACACAACUACAAGGAUGUCAUCAACAAGUGUGCAUAUAACACCAGCUAUAACAUCUACAGUCAUGCCUACAACUUCAUCUACGACAUCAUUAAGCCUUACUUCCUCCACAAGUACAAGCAUGCCAACAAGUUCAGCAACAACUUCAACAAAGUUUUCUGCUACACCUCCAAUUUCUUCAACAAGCAGGUUGACACAAGUUACAACACCAACAGUCCAGAGUUCCCCCACUGGUAA